AUGGUCAAGAUCGCAAUCGCAGGUGGCGCCGGUAGUGUCGCAAGGGAGAUCAUCGAUGCUCUUGUAGCUACUCAAAAGCACAAUAUUUUGGUACUCACUCGGAGGGAUGUUCCUGCCAGCGACACAGCUUCCGGCGUCACAUACGCCAAAACAGACUACUCUUCCACCGACGAACUGGUCUCUCUGUUCAAGGGCACACACACUGUCCUCUCCUUCCUCGCUGCCCACCUCGGCCAGGCGGAGGCAGCAGCUGCCCAGAAGAAGUUGAUCGACGCCUCGAUCAGCGCCGGCGUGACGCGCUUUGCACCUAGUGAAUGGUUCUCCACCAAGUUGGACCACAUGUCCUGGUUCUCUUGGAAAGGCGAAACUCGUCAAUAUCUGCAGGAGAUCAACAAAGACAAUAAGGUGCUCGAGUACAGUCUCUUCCAGCCCGGCAUGUUCACGGACUAUCUCUCCCGCCCCUACAUGACGGCCAAGCAUGUUCAGAGUCUCGAGACGCCGUUCGACUUUCAGAACAGGAGAAUGCUCAUCCGGGAGGGUGGAGAGGGAGAUGUACUGAGUUUCACCACAGUUAAAGACCUGGCGAGUGUCGUCACAAAGGCCGUGGAAUAUGAAGGCGUGUGGCCUGUCAUUGGAGGCAUAAGAGGGUCAAUCCUCUCAAUUGACCAGCUCAUCGAGCUGGGACAGAACAUACGCGGUGCGGAAUUCGACGUCACCAGAAUUUCCACGGAGGGUCUGGAAGCUGGCGAUUGGACUAGCUCGUGGGUGCCCAUACUGCACCACCCAACUCUCCACCCAGAUCAUGUUGAGGCGGUAAGCAAGGUCUUCAUAACUGGCCUUUUGCUGGCCGCGAAGGAGGGCGCGAUUGACACAAGCGAUGAGUGGAACAAGUUGCUGCCCGAUCACGAGUCUGAGACCGCGGAAAAGAUUUGGAAAGCAGCUUUUGAUGGCAAGGCGUGA